CUAUAUAAGGGGACGCGGGGGUGGGACUUCCCUUUCCGCGCCCCGGAGCCGCCAUGGACACGAGCCGCGUGCAGCCCAUCAAGCUGGCCAGGGUCACCAAGGUGCUGGGCCGGACCGGCUCUCAGGGGCAGUGCACUCAGGUGCGUGUGGAGUUCAUGGACGACACGAGCCGCUCCAUCAUCCGCAACGUGAAGGGGCCGGUGCGCGAGGGAGACGUUCUCACCCUGCUGGAGUCGGAGCGCGAGGCCCGGCGGCUGCGCUGAGCUGGAGCCGCCCCCGCUGCCCACCGCCCGUCGGGGAUGGAGCCUGGCGCCGCUCGUCCCGCCGUGGGGCGUGGGGAGCAGCGGGGCGGCCGGGUCACUGCAAUAAAGGGUUUUUCCAGUA